GCAAGCAAAUUUGGUCAGCUCACCUACAUGCGAGUUUAUCAAGGCUGUCUAAAUCGCGGAGACACAAUAUGGAAUAUGCGGUCUAACAAAAAGUUUCGCAUCUCUCGCCUCGGCCGUGUAAAUGUGCAGAAUUUUGAAGAUCUCGAAAAAAUUAAUUCUGGUGAUAUUGCAGCCCUGUUCGGUAUUGAAUGCUAUUCAGGCGAUACCCUCGUGGAUCAAGUAUUAAAGAAGGAGAACUUGCAUAUGGUAUGCUUCUUUAAAUAA